GAAGGACAAGAAGACAAGGAGAGAAGAGAAAAGAAAGAAAGAAAGAAAGAAAGAUGGCUCGCCGAUCCCAGGGUACCAAACUCCAUUUAGCAGGUGAGAUGAAAUGUGUGUGUUUAGUCCGUGUGUGAGAGUUUUUGAUGGAGGCAAGUUGACUAAAGCCAAAUCUCACUCGCUCUCUCCCUCUCUCCCUCUCUCGCUCUCUCCCUCUCUCUCCUCUAGUUCUGUGUCUAGUUGUGUCCUGCCAUGCCAUUGGCCUCAGUGACCUAAUGGAGAGAGCUUCCCAGCGAUCAGACAAGCUUCACUCACUCAGCACUUCCCUCACCAAGGACAUGGUCAGUAACCACCAUCCCAGCAUUUGGUUCCUUGGAAGUUGUGGGAACGUAUGUUUUUGUUUUCACAUUGGUUGUGGGAACGAAGCCAUACGUUUCCUGACCAGUAAAAACUGAACGCUUUUUAAAUGUUCUGAGAACAAAAGUGACAAUUCUGGGAACGUUUAUCUUUAGGUUCUGAGAACGUUUUACUCUGGUUCCUUGAAAGUUUUCCUGGGAGGUUUUAUUAACGCUCUGAGAAUGGAAAUUAUAGGUUACUGGGAGGUUUUUUAAUAACUUCCUUAAAACUUUCACUGAAUAUUUCAAUAACACUUUUAAUAACACUGCUAGAUUAUUUUGGGUAAACUUUUUCGAACUUCAAGCACAAAUAGGACACAUGGAAAUUCAUUUGCUUAGGCAUUCAUCAUGCAAAUACAUUUUAGUCUGUUCACGCAGACCCCAUUUCUAAAGGAAACAAGCACUCAUUAAGAUCAGGUGUGGCCAAUUAGUGGGCGCGGCCAACACACCUGAACAUGAUUUUAAAUAGAACCAUGAGGAAACCUGUAGAAACGUUAUGCUGAAGUACUGAAAUUCCCACAGAAGAACGUUAUUUCUUAAUGUUCUCUGAACUAUUUGAGAAUAUUCUCAGUGCCAAACCAGUUGAAGAACGAUAGAACAUUACAAACAUUUUAAUAAAUGUAACAAUGUUUGAACUUUUAGGAAACGUUCUGUUAAAGUAAUGAAAUGAAAAUAACGUUUUUGUUGUCAAGUUCCUUAAAUGUGCUGAGAAUGUUCCAAAGCCAAACAACUAUCCUGCACCAUUCCCAGAAAGUUGUAGGAAGGUUUUAUUGAAAAUAACCAUAGGACAACAAUGCAUGUGUACGUGGGUCUGGGUGCGUAUGUGUGUGUACCUGGUCUGUUUGUGUUCAAGAUGUACUGUAUGUAUCAUUAAAUGAGUAUGUUCAGAGUAUUAUGUGUCAGAGUAUGUUCAACUUGAGUUAACCUUAUUAUAACCACUUUUGUGCCUCUCUCUCUCUCUCUCUCUCUCUCUCUCUCUCAGGACUCUCACUUUCCACCCAUGGGACGAGUGAUGAUGCCACGCCCCUCUAUGUGUCACACCUCCUCACUACAGACACCCAAGGACAAGGAGCAAGCACUCAGAGUAUCGGUCGGUAAAGCUCUGUGCUCUCCUCACUCAUCUCUUUCAUCUCUCUAUUAGUUAUAAUCUCUCCCCCUUCUCUCUUUUCCCAAUCUACCUGCUAGAGUAUUUCAUUAAUCAAAUCUACAGCCCUGUCCUGCAACAACCUCUAGCCCCUAGGCACAGAUCUGAGAGGAUUGGAGAGGUGUGAGCAAUGUGCAUCCAGCAGUCUUAGAUUAGUGAAGUUGUGGAGAUGAAGGGAGACUAGGAGAGGAAGCCCCAUAACUCAGAUGUACCCUUCCUCUCCUCUCUCUCUGGGUUUGUCUCCUCCCUAUGGUAUAUCUAUGUUAGCACUCAUCCCGUUCUAAAAAAGCAGUGCAUUCAACAAGCUGCACAAGGCCUUCCUUGACUAAACCCCCAAUCCCAGUCCCUAUCCCCACUUCGUCAAGCCUGAUUAAAAACAUUUUUGUUGGAAAGUUGCACUCAAAACUUCAGGAGCAUUCUACAAUGUGCAGGAUCUAUCUAUCUUUCCUUCAUGACUUUACCCAUUGUGUUCCUCAGGAGAAUGAGCUGAUCUCCCUGGCUCGCUCCCUCCUCCUGGCCUGGAACGAUCCCCUGCUGCUGCUCUCCUCCGAGGCGCCCACUCUGCCGCACCCCUCCAACGGCGACAUCAGCAGUAAGAUCAGGGAACUGCAGGACUACUCCAAGAACCUGGGAGAUGGACUGGACAUACUGGUUAACAAGGUGGGUGACUGACGCUGUGUAUCUGUGUGUGUUUAUGUGAAGCAUACCGAACUCUACAUAUACUAGUGGUUUUAGUUCAACAAUUGAACAUUGUGUGCAAGGUGACAACCUUUUUGCACCAUCUUCUGCUUUACAAACAAAUGUCUCUCUUUCUCUAUCUCCAUAGAUGGGCCCAUCAUCCCAGUACAUUUCUUCAAUCCCCUUCAAGGGUGGAGACCUCGGCAAUGACAAGACCUCCCGCCUCAUCAACUUCCACUUCCUCAUGUCCUGCUUCCGCAGGGACUCCCACAAAAUUGACAGUUUCCUCAAGGUCCUUCGAUGCCGGGCUACCAAAAUGCGACCCGAAACAUGUUAGGAGAAAAUGGCAGCCAUUUUGGUUGUGGAUUGUUCUAUUUUCAAACUGCUACAGACGGAGACAAAAUGGGGUAGCCGUUUGAAGGACAAUUCAGGGGAUUGGUUUGUUAAGUUUGAUUUUGUGACAUGACUAAUGCUCUCUGUCAUCUAGAUUACCUUUGGACUAUUCAUAGACUAUACAUUAUAUUCAACACCUGUCAUCUGAACCACAUUUUACCAGUGUAAUAUACAAUUCAAGAGGUUUUAUUAUUGUUUAUGUUCUGUAAUGCAUUUAAUCAACAAUAUUCAAACUAAUAUUUGCACUUAUAAUCAUUGAAUAAUCCUCUUCAAUUAUUUAUAUAGAUAACAAAAGCAUCCCUCCAAGUCAAUCUUAGUAGAUACAGAGGGCUAUGUUGAUAGUUGACCAAUGACCAUCAUGAUAACAUUUGCACUUUAGAAUAUGAUUUCUCAAGUCACUUAUAGAACUUCCCUUAUACUAUAUACAGUGUACUGUUUCAUUAAAUACC